UCACUGUACAAGUGUAGACUUACUUCCACUUCUACUCGUUGCAUUCAUACAAUGUGAUGAAAAUGGCUGAAACAAGAUCUGAUUGGGUGGAGAUUUUGGAGCCUCGCUCUAACGAGCGAAUGUAUGUGAACCUAACCACAGGUGAAUGUGGAUGGGCCCCGCCUACAGGCGUGCCUGUGCGUCGCUGUGACGGGAACCAGUGGUGGGAGCUUUUUGAUGCUAACAACAACAGAUUCUACUACUACAACUGUACCAGCCAGCAAACAGUGUGGCAUCGACCGCAGGGUUGUGACAUCAUACCCCUCGCUCAGCUCCAGGCCAUGAAGAGGACCUCAGAGUCAGAGCUAAGGGGCCCUGGGAGAGCCCCAAGGGGUUCUGAAUCCAGGGAGGAAUGUGGAACGCCUCUGUCAGGAAACGGGGGCGUGGUUUAUUCUCGGUCCCUCUCGCAGGAGGUGGAGUCUAGUGGGAGGGAGACUCCCUCUAAAGGAUGUACCAGCAGUCUGGAAAGUAGAAGAGAACAUAGCAGGGAAACUGCCCAAAGAUGGCAGCCAGCUCCUGGUUCAAAGGCCGCUAUGUUAGUCAAAGUCAACAGCAUUGGCAAAAGCCAAUCCGGCAGCAGUACAACUAGUGCCCUCCUACACAUGAACCUGCCCACUCCCUCUGCCACCAAACCUGCAUUCCUACCCCAACUCCAUAAUACCAUGCCUGUUCCUGGUGACGCCAAACAAGCCCUUCAGCUUAAGAAAUCCAGUAAUAAUAAUGUCUGUCUAGUGAUGCCCAAUUCCAGUGGACCCUCUUCCCAGCGUUCUAUGGGAGGCGCCAGUCGCCCAUCUUCCCCUCAGUACGGCUCUACUGCCCCAAUCUAUGAUGAACCGCCUCUAGAUACACCCAUUUACGAUGAGCCUCCAAUGGAGAUGGAAGUAGAAGCUGCUCACCUACUAAACAGGGGAUCUACAUCAUCCUAUACCGCCCAGAAAGGGAUGACGACCCAGCCAGGGCAUCCUCAGCCCCCCAAACUUCUCCAGUACCCCCUCAUCAAGCACAAACGCAACCCUUCUGCAAGCGAAUACAGCCCCGCGGGUCGCGAGUGCAUCAAACACAUGGUCAACGUGGACCCAUCCGCGUCUAGGCCCAACACUCAGCCUUCCAGCCCCAUUGAAGGAGCUCCCAGUAUGGGUAGCUCUCAAAUCCAGCCUCAGGCUGUAGGGGCAGCUCAGGCCAAAGCUCCGCUUCUGGAGAAAAAGCAGUCGUGGCGUGGACUGGAAGGAAGACACAGUCGACAAAGCAGCUUGGCAUCUCAGGAGUACCCUGGACCAGCCGCCGUCACCUAUCAGGAUUCGGGUUACUCCACAGGGCCCUCCCCCAGUCUCAGAAGGAAGAACCGACGGAGGGCGGUGGGUCCGAGCUCAGGUCCAGGUGCGGGGAGCGUUCAAGGGGGACGUCCCGGUUCCAUCGGGAGCAGCGGAGAGCUGAACGCUCUGAACGAGAAGUUGAUGGCGGAGAUGAGAGCGGUGGUCAAUCGUUCAAACACUCUCCACGGCAGCAAGGCCAGCCUCGAUACGGAGAUGAGCUCUGACGUCACCACAAGCAACCGCUCCCUGUACCACCCGGGCAGUAACCAUGGAGAUGGCUCUUCAGCAAUGGAAGGGGGUGGGGUGAGGCAGAAAAGGACAUAUGAGAAAGUGGACUCAUUGGAGAAGAGUGUAACAUCACAAAUGAGCUUGUCCUUACCUGAGCCUACUGUCUCAACCUCACAGGCAGGAACACUGGACUCUCAGGCCCAGCUGGUGGGCAUCUCUCUGCCUGAUGGCAGCAAUGGGCAUCCUGACACCCUUGGCUCUCACAACAGCGCUGUCGCCACGGGCAACAAUAACAACACCCUUAGAAGCGGGGGCGCCAGUUUUGGCUCAGGUUCGGUCCAAGGCGUUGGGGGUUAUCAGUACCCUUAUGCCACCCUGGGUAAACCUCCACCUGAAUCUAACAUGGUAGACUGGGCCAGCAAGAAUCUGAACCUCCACACUCAAGGCUUGUUCCGUCGGCGUGUUUCCAUCGCCAACAUGCUGACCUGGAACCGCGGUUCCAUUAAAAAGCCCAUGUUGAUUACCAACGAUCGGGUGGUCAAGAAAGAAGCCUGUGAGAUGUUUAAACUGGUCCAGGUGUAUAUGUGGGAUCGCGUGGCCCGUUUGGACCGGCGGCAUGCCGCGUUGCUAGUGGUUACCAAGUGUUGGAAUACUCAGGGCCUCAGGGACGAGCUGUACGUGCAGUUGGUCAGACAGACUACUGGAAAUAUGAGUUUACGGAGUCUGGCAGCAGGCUGGGAGCUCAUGGCUAUUAGCCUGGCCUUUUUCUCACCGUCUCCCAAAUUCAGACGCUACUUGGAGGGCUACAUACAGAGACACCUGGAGCAGAGUAACGAUAAAAAGAUAAUGCAGCAGAUUAUAGAGCAACAGGACAUGAAGAACAAGAAGAACUCAAAGUCCAGGAAGAAACGGAAGCAGAACAAUGAGGAGGAGGAGGAGGAGGGUCUCCCAAUCAGCACUUAUGCAAAAUACUGCUAUAGGAAGCUCCAAAAGGUGGCUGUUACCGGAGGCAAGAAGGGUCUGAGGAAGCCAACGCUGGAGGAGAUCGAUCACAGUCGGAAUGCUAUCAUCACGCCCUCGCUUUUCGGCAGUGCUCUCGAAGAAAUUAUGGAACGACAGAGCGAGCUUUUUCCUAACCGGAAGCUUCCGUGGGUGCAGGUGCAGCUUUCCCAGUAUGUUCUGGCCCUAGGUGGUGCACAGACAGAAGGCAUCUUCAGGGUGCCAGGUGACAUUGAUGAGGUUAACGCCCUCAAACUGCAGGUGGACCAGUGGAAUAUUCCAGAAAACCUCUCUGAUCCAAAUGUUCCAGCGUCUUUGCUGAAGCUGUGGUAUAGAGAGCUGGAGGAGCCGGUCAUUCCUCAGAACUUCUAUAAGCAGUGCAUUAGCCACUACGAGGAUCCAGAGGCAGCCAUCAACGUAGUCCAGUCUCUGCCAGAGCUCAACAGACUGGUCCUCUACUAUUUCAUCCACUUCUUACAGGUUUUUGCUCAGCCAGUGAACGUGAGUAAGACCAAAAUGGACGUGAAUAACUUGGCAAUGGUGAUGGCUCCAAACUGUCUCCGCUGUCAGUCCGAUGACCCACGAAUCAUAUUUGAAAACACACGCAAGGAGAUGUCUUUCCUCCGUAUGCUCAUCGUUCAUCUGGACACCAGCUUCAUCAAAGACAUCAUCUGAAUCCUCGGCCUUAACUUUUAACCCUUCCUAUACCAUUUGGCAUAAUUAUCUCAACAGUUAUUGUCUUCUCUCUCGCUCUGUAUCUCUCUCUCUCUCUCUCUCUCUCCCUUUUCGCAUUGUUUCACAGCUCAGGACUUCAGUUCUUUCACCUACUGAUAUCUAUGUGACUAAAGUGAAUGGCAGGACAGAGAUAUAUGGGAUACAUGGAACCCUAAAUGAGAACAAGUUCAAUGUUCAGCUUCAGUGAAUACACUGACUUAAGUUCUCAGUGCAGAUGUUACCUCUUGGGGGAUACUGCAGAGUUCUCUCCUUCAAUUACUACUGCUCACUAGUCCUGUGACAACCUCCAUUUUACAUUUUCAACACCCCAUAACCUGAACUUUCAGCUCUGACCCCUAAUGUUUGUGCCAGAAGAUAGAGAAGCCCCCUGACCGCCAAAAACAGGUCACUGAGUUUCUGACUUCUGUUCUCUGGCUGAACCCAUGUGAGAGAGGAGGACUUUCAAAGGCCAACUGUGUACGUGCAUUCUCCAUUCUCGGGAGAAACUCGUGAGAAAUCCAGAAAAAAAAAACAGUCAAUUUUUUUGGGGACAUCCAGGAGAGAAUUUGGAGCUAUUCUGGAGAUUUGUGGAGAAAUUUGGAGAAACUGUUGAGUAACUGCUGACGAAACAGGCGUGACUUCCAGUACACUCACAACAGCUCAGAGUACUGAUCUGCACCAAAACAAGAGCAGGGAAGUGAGUGAUAAAAACAGGACUGAAAAGCAAAGAGGAAGGAGAACAUAAUCUGUGUUUCUGUUUUUUGCUUAUAAACAGAAAAAAACUAAUCUUAUUGUUAACCAGCAUAUGCAGACAAUGAUCCUAAAAAUAUUCUUAUUUAAUUUGGAAUGGGUGUUUUUAUCUUUUAUUUUGUUUUUAUUUAACAGCUUUAAUGUCUAAGCUAAAAUGUGGGAUGAGAAAGAAGAGGAUUCAAAUGUUUUUAUCUGUCUACAAGACUCCAGAGCAACUUCAGCUAGCUCUUUAGUUGUCUGGUUAAAAUUAUAAGUAUUUUUAUCACAAAGGAAUGACCUAGAAAUGGAUGCAAAGUGGAGCCAUGAGCGAAGACAGGUCUCCGUGUGUGUUGGUGAGAGAGAGAGAGAGAGUCCAGAUAGAGCCUAAUAACCAUGAAAAGGCACCAGUGCCUAAUUUCACUCCUCUGAGCUAUUUAUAUGGGAGAGCCCUCAUUCUUCCUCCAACGAGUUAGAUUGUAACUUUGUUUUUGAAUGCUCAGCUGUUUGAUUGGAGCUCAUUACAGGAGAAUCAUUCUAAAACAGGUGGACAAGGGCAGGGUUGUACUUAUAACCACACCAAAUGACUGGAACGUAGCAAGAUGAAUCACGCUAACUCUACUCACUGAAGUAGAGCAAUCAUACCUUUGGAGAAGCGAGUGAUGGCUGCUAAUUUUAGCUGUCAGCAGGCAGGUCAGGGGAGAGGAAUCUGGGGAGAGCCCUUCCGAACCCUCCAUCAAACGACACUGUUAUGGAUAGAGCACGUUAGCCGAAAGAGAGGCUAGCCAUUAGUCAAAAGGAGCAUCUGUGUUAGUGUGUAAUGGAAGCCAAUGAGUCUCUUACAUGGAGUGGUUAUUUUAAGAAGUUAUUCUCUAACAAGGAUUUUCCUGUUCCCCCAAAACACUGUGUGUCCAUGGAGAGAAAGAGAGGGGAGAGGGAUUUGAAUUCAUUUUUCAGCCUUGUGGUUAAAGGCAUUUGGGCUCUGUUGAUAUAUUUAGCUCUGUCUGUGGUUUAGCAUUUGGGGUUCAGUAGCCCCAAAUGGGCUCUGAGCUGGAGCUGGUGUGUGUGUGUGUGUGAGAGAGAGAAAGUGUUUGUGCAUGUGAGAAUGUGCACAUGUGUAUGUGAAUGUUCACGCACGCUUAACGUUCACUACGUGUUUUCAUGGAUCCCCCUGUUAGCUCUGUGGCCCCCAAAAUGAGAGAGUAGAGUAAUCCAAAAAUGGGCCUUGCAAGAUUAGCUGCCUGUUAACUGCUUUCCUGCUCCACCAAUCUUUCCACAGACGUUUUGUGAUUCCUACUUUUUGAAUUAGCAUGUAACCGCAGUUUGAAACAGUCUCCUGUAUGCACAUGUUCAGACAAACCUUGGCCAAGUUCGGUUCUGCUCGACUGGGCUGGGCUGGGUGGGGAAUAUGUGUGGUGCCAGCAUUAGGUUACUAUGAGAAAAACGCUGACCUGGAUAAUAAACUGUCUUGGCUAGUUUCCAUUGUUGCUGGUUUCCUUCUAGUGUUACUCAGCGGCUGGCCAUUAAUUUUUGUUUUGAGAACUCCGGCUUCAUACACCUGAUGCAACUAAUCAUAGCUGGUGAAUGGCAGAAAAGGGGAAAGUUCAUGCGAGUACAACUGUGACGGCAGCCAUGGGAGGGAAGGAAUAUUGUCUCUGUUAGGGAUGUGUUUUCUUUCCGCUCUCUCUCUCUCUGUCUUUCGCUCUCUCGCCAUCUCAACACACUGUAAAUGAGUUAAUUGUCAAACCAGUUCCUUGGCAGGAAUUUGCUCGUAAUCUUCCUGCGACUUCUUUGCUCACUGCCUGACUCCACGGAUACAUUAAGAUCAUGACAAGGUUCCUGUGUAUAAUUGUGCUCCAGCUGAAACAGCUGUGAGGAUUUGAGGUUUGUUGCUCAGACAAACGUGCUCUUUCGCUCAAGGUCAGAUGGUUAGUUUAAUACAGUUAAUGGUCUGAAUGGUACAGUCAAUCACAGGGGUGAGACCUAAAGUUCUUUAGAGUUGUUCUGAAAGUUGUACAUAUGAUCACAUAUGAAUAACUACACUCCCUUCUCAAUGACAGAGAAAAAUAAGUUUGUUUUUUCAUUUUUGUGUAUAAUUUGAUUUCUGACAAUAUUUUUAUGUCCACUCAAUUUCUCCUGUUUCAUCUGAUUUCUGAUUCUGAGCAGACAGAGACACGUAGUAAACUCAGAUUUCUCCUGGAGAAUGUAGCUCAAAGUGCUUUACAAAAGAUGACAAAUUAUUGUAUACAUAAUAGCAAUGUAAGUUUUGAAAAGCUGUAUAGUGUAACAAGCACUCUGCA